AUGAGUAACCAUUAAACUAAUUCCUAAAUACUAAAAAUUUAUAAUUUACAUAAGCAUCAACUAAUACUAAUAAUGAGUAACCAUUAAAUUAAUCACAAAAUAAUAAAAAUUUAUAAUUUACAUAAGUAUCAACUAACACUAAUAAUGAGUAACCAUUAAACUAAUUCCUAAAUACUAAAAAUUUAUAAUUUACAUAAGCAUCAACUAACACUAAUAAUUAGUAACCACUAAAUUAAUCACAAAAUAAUAACAAUAUAUAAUUAACAUAAGUAUCAACUAACUCUAAUAAUGAGUAACCAUUAAAUUAAUUCCUCAAUAACUAAAAUUUAUUAUUUACAUAAGUAUCAACUAAUACUAAUAAUGAGUAACCACUAAAUUAAUCACAAAAUAAUAACAAUAUAUAAUUUACAUAAGUAUCAACUAACACUAAUAAUGAGUAACCAUUAAAUUAAUCACUAAAUAAUUAAAAUAUAUAAUUUACAUAAGUAUCAACUAAUAUUAAUAAUGAUUAACCAUUAAAUUAAUCACCAAUUUAUACUAAUGUUUAAUUUUUUAAUGCAUCUACAAACACUAAUUAUGAAUAAAAAACAAUUUAUUAAACUUAAGUAUUAAAUCAUACACAUUGUUCUUAGAAUAAUUAAUAAUCUUCGAUUGGUUAAUAAAAUUAAUUUCUUCCCUAAAGGUCAUAUUAAUAAAAUAUUAAUACUUAAACCUAACCAUUAAAUACAUCCACAUUCUUAAACAGUAAUACCAUUUAGCCAACUAAUAAAUACUAUUAUUCAAAUUAAAUUUAAUUUUAAUCUUAAUAACCUGUCAUUUAUAAUAUUCCUUAAUCAUAAUUUAUUCCCUAAAAUGAAACUAAUAUAUCAUAACAACCAACUACAAAUACUAGUUAAAAUAAGCGGUUGCUAUUUCCAAUUUUUAUCCCUACAUCAAAUUCUGCAUAAAAUCAUUACUCACUUAAUAUUUAAGACGAUUCAUUAUUCGAUGAUUACAAUUUUUUUAAUCUAUCUUUUUUAAGGCCAAUAUCUCCCUUUUUUAAUGCUAAUCUCUAUGGUCAUUUAAAUCAAUAAUAAAAUAAAAAUAAAGAUUUGAAUACAAAACUAACAUCGGCAUAGUAUAAUUACUUAAUAUAUAUUGCUGAAAAACAUCUUUAUCAACAAUGGAAGGAGUAUAAAAAACCCUUUAAAUCAAUCAAUAAAACUUAAAUUAGAAUAAUAGUAAUAGAUUAAAAUGCAAAAUAAAAGUUUCUUGAAAAUUUUGGAUAACUACUAUUGCAAUUAUCUUUUCUAAAUUUGAAUUAUGAUGUAAUCUUAUCUGGACAAAUUUAACCAGUAUUUUUGAAGCGAAAAGAAGAAGCUUUAACAAUUUCUCUUCUUGAUGAAAUUUUACAUGCCUUGAUUGGGUAAAGUAAUAAGGAUUUUAGUAUUGUAAACGAGAAUAGCAUAAAUAAUAAUGAUGUUAUUUUAUUAUUUACUGAAUAAUUAUUAGAAAUAUCAAAUAAUUGUAGAACAGAAUUACAAAAUGAAGGAUUCAGUACGAUUAUUCAAAUUUAAGAUUAAAAUCAAUUUAAUGCUAUUAAUAUUAAAAAUGGAUAAAUUAUCAGUAGUUCAAAUAAUUUAUUCGAAUUUUUAAAUCAAAUAGAAAAAAAAUCACCAUUAAUGAAAAAAUAAAGGUUAUAAGGUAAUCAGGAAAAGGAGGAAUUAAAACAAAAAUUGAAUGAAUAUGGUUUCUAGAUAGACCCAUAAGAAGCAAAUAGCUUAAAAGGACUUUUAGAGAUAAAUACGUUUACAAAAUAUUCUUUAUCAUCAAAAGGAACCACUAUAGAUAUAAAAGGCAUCAUCAAAUUUUUUUGUACUAAUGGAACUGCUAGAGACAUUAUGAAGAGAAAAAAUAGAGGGGGAAAGUCACUUUAUGUUUUUUAUGUAAUUUUAGAUUUAAGUUCAAUUUAGAAGGAAACAUUGUUAGAUGUUGUAUUACCAUUUUUAUCUUUAUUGAUUGAAAUAUGUAAGUAAUAUUAGUUAAUUUGUAAUUUGAUGAUUUUGAAUAAUCCUUUAAUAAUUAUAAAGUCAAAUUUCUCUACUUUAUGGACCGAUUAUGAAUAUACUAUAUUAAUUGAAAAACUAAUUGAUUACCAGAAUGAAGCUUCAGCAGAUAAUACUGAUCCAUAAUUUUAAUAAAUAUUUGAUGAAUUUGAAAGAUUUUGUCAUUACAAAAAAUAUUUGAUAUUUAUUAAUCACUCUUUUUAUGACUAUUAAUUUAAGGAACUUUAAUAAUUGAUAAAUAUGGCCUAAUAAAAGCAAAUAAAAAUUAUCUCUAUAGGGGUAGAUAUAAAGAAAUAUAUCAAUCGUUCAUUUGAAGGUAUCAUUUAGUAUUCAUUAAAUCACUCAAAAGAAUUAUUUAAAAUUAUAAAAAAUAUGUUCAGCAAAGUUUUGGAACAAGAAAAAUUUAAUGGGAACUUCUAGUUUUAGCAAAAUAAUCAAUAAUAUCCAAGAAAAUUAUAACUUAAGUAGUAUUGCUCAUAAUAAGGUUAAGUGAAUUGUUACAUGAAUAAAUACUUUAACUAUCAAAAAGAAGGGAAAUAAAAUCAAGAUAAAUAAAUUGCUCUUAUUGAUGGCGAACUAUUUCUUUUCCUUUCGAUUCUAGAAUUGAGAAGAGUGCAGCGCGAAAUUAAUAAUUUAUUUUAGAAUCUAAAAAAAUGA